AUGGCAGAGUAUUUUGUGCAGGAAUCGAUGCCAAUUAUAAGAGGUAUCUUACAAAGUACCAACAGAUCUGAUGCUGAAAGAAUAGGGAUCCAAAUAAGAGAGCAACUUAAAGUUUUGCAGGCUGUGUGAUGCCAUUGGAAAAAUGUACAAAACCAGUUAUAGUGAAUCUGUGUUAUUUGAUUGGAAUAUUUAGUUACUGUGACAUUUCCCUGGGCAUUUUCAGCCGAAAUUUUUUUCCUCUAAUAAAUUUCAUAGAAUUUUAACAGUGUUUUGCAGAGGAAAUGCCACACAGGAAAAAUUUACGACGAAGUCCGACACGAAGAAAAAGUUCCAAUCAAUAGCUGGUAACGGUCAUAGCUGUUAUUCAUGAAUUAUGUAAGAGGCAGGUCUUGACUUGAUAA